AUAAUCCGGGGACGCUAGAUGCUCGCACCGGGGCGCUCCCAGUCCCACCGCCGGGCGCAGGUUCACCUCGUGUUUCCCUUCGCUGCCCUCCCCGACCCGCCCCUGCGCGGCUCGGGUGAGCGCCCUCAGCGACGUCCGAGCUGCCCGGAGAAAAGAGCGGAAGGAUAUCCUCAGGAGACGGCUGCGCCGCCUGAGAAGCGAGUGUGACAGAGGAAGUAGUUCCGGCCCCUGUUGGGCCUUGUUUCCCAAAAAUAGCGCCCAGCGGGUAUCCGUGCGCCGGUGUCAGUGUCUCCUGAGGAGCCUCAGCGGGGAGGAGGCAGGAGCGGCGGCGGCGGGGACCGAGGGGACGCGGGCGGGUGCUUAUAAGAAGAAAUAGGAACCUUUUCUCAAGCUGAAGACAAAGUAAAAGAAAACUGUAUCAUGUGUUAGAAUACUGAAGAGUGACAUUUCUUGGAUUAGUAUAUUUCUGGAUUGCAAAGCAAAAGCAAGAAGAGGCUGAAAAUGGGGAGAAAGAAAAUACAGAUCACAAGAAUAAUGGAUGAACGGAACAGACAGGUCACCUUUACAAAGAGGAAGUUUGGAUUAAUGAAGAAGGCAUAUGAGUUGAGUGUACUCUGUGACUGUGAAAUAGCACUCAUCAUUUUUAACAGCUCUAACAAACUCUUUCAGUAUGCCAGCACUGAUAUGGACAAAGUUCUACUUAAAUACACAGAAUACAACGAGCCCCAUGAAAGCAGAACCAACUCAGAUAUCGUUGAGACCUUAAGAAAGAAAGGCCUUAAUGGUUGUGAGAGCCCUGAUGCUGACGAUUACUUUGAGCACAGUCCACUGUCGGAGGACAGAUUCAGCAAACUAAAUGAAGAUAGUGAUUUUAUUUUCAAGCGAGGCCCUGCUCUGAACAAGAAGGAACACAGAGGGUGCGACAGCCCGGACCCUGACACUUCAUAUGUGCUCACGCCACAUACAGAAGAAAAAUAUAAAAAAAUUAAUGAAGAGUUUGAUAAUAUGAUGCGGAAUCAUAAAAUCGCACCUGGCUUGCCUGCUCAGAACUUCUCGAUGUCGGUUACAGUUCCAGUGUCCAAUCCCAACACUUUAACCUACAGUAACCCAGGGAGUUCCCUCGUAUCCCCAUCACUGGCAGCCAGUUCAUCGUUAACGGACACAACCAUGCUCUCCCCACCUCAGACCACCCUGCAUCGGAACGUAUCACCUGGGGCCCCUCAGAGACCACCGAGUACUGGCAAUGCAGGUGGAAUGCUGGGCACAACUGACCUCACAGUGCCAAAUGGAGCUGGUACCAGUCCAGUUGGAAAUGGGUUUGUGAAUUCUCGAGCUUCACCAAGUCUACUCGGAACUACUGGUGGUGGGAAUGGCUUAGGCAAAGUCAUGCCUACAAAGUCUCCACCUCCACCUGGAGGAGGUAAUCUUGGAAUGAACAAUCGCAAACCCGACCUCCGUGUUGUCAUCCCACCCUCCAGCAAGGGUAUGAUGCCACCACUGUCGGAGGAGGAUGAAUUGGAGUUGAAUACCCAAAGGAUAAGUAGUUCUCAGUCUACACAGCCUCUUGCUACCCCUGUGGUGUCUGUGACAACUCCAAGCUUGCCUCCGCAGGGACUGGUGUAUUCGGCCAUGCCUACUGCCUACAACACUGAUUACUCCUUGAGUAGUGCAGACCUGUCUGCCUUGCAGGGAUUUAACUCCCCGGGAAUGCUGUCUUUAGGGCAGGUAUCUGCCUGGCAACAGCACCAUCUCGGUCCAGCAGCCCUCAGCUCUCUCGUUACUGGCAGCCAGCUAUCUCAGGGUUCAAAUUUAUCCAUUAAUACCAACCAAAACAUCAACAUAAAAUCUGAACCAAUUUCACCUCCCCGGGACCGUGUAACUCCCUCUGGGUUCCCGCAACAACAGCCACAACCACAGCAGCAGCAGCAAGGGCAGCAGCAACCGCAGCAGCAGCAGCAGCAACAGCAGCAGUCACGGCAGGAAAUGGGUCGCUCUCCUGUUGACAGUCUCAGCAGCUCCAGCAGCUCCUACGACGGCAGCGAUCGGGAAGACCCGAGGAGCGAUUUCCAUUCACCUGUCGUGCUGGGACGGCCACCGAAUUCAGAAGAUAGAGAGAGUCCAUCGGUAAAACGAAUGAGGAUGGACACAUGGGUGACAUAAGCUUGCAGUGUUGCCUCUUCAGUUUUGUGUUCUCAAAAUGAACUGUCCUGACAUAUCUAAAUUUAUAAAUAAGGACAUGAAAUAAGUAUAUUUAUAUGUAUAUACAUACAUGCAUAUAUAUAUCUUCACAUGCAUAUAUAUGUGCGAGUGUGUGUAGCAUACACAAAAUCAUCAGGCACUUAGGACAAACUUCUUGUAUAGCUGCAGAUGUCCCAUGGUAAAAUGUAACAGAACAAUCCUGUAGGUAUUGAUCUAGUCUGGCACUUACCUGGACUUGUUGUUUUAAUAAUAUAACCUGUUUUGCAAAGAAACGUUGUACCCGCAUUGUAAUCCUACCACACUAGAUCGCAGAAACCAAGAGGGCUCGCCUGUAGUAAUGUCCCUGUGUGUUUUUAUUCAAGCUGUAUGGUUACUUGUAGUUAAGAAAUAAUGCUUUGUAGCAGCAGAGCAGUAGAAAAGCAGGAAGAAGAAAGCAAUACUGUACAUAAAAUGACCUUUAUAUUACCCAACCUGGCAUGGGUCUCUAUUGCAGAGGGUGCAUGGAGAAGGGCUGAUGCUAUAAGACAUACAAAAACAAAAACCCUGUUUUGCACGUGCAAAAAAAAAAAAAAAAAGUGUAUUGGGUCAAAGAAGUGAUUUUUUUAAUGAGUGAGAGAGAGACAUAGAGAACUCGCAUGAAAUAUUCAGAAAAUAUUAGCCUAGAAAAUAGAACAUUAACAAAAUAAAAUUAAUAUAUUAAGUUAUAAUUGGAAUAUGUUUGACAAAUUUGUUUUUACGUUCAUACCUUUGAAAAAUAUAGAAACGGAUUUUAGCUCAUGUAUAUUUUAUAUUAAAGAAAACAAUACCCUAAUGAAUUGAAGACUAUAUAUAAAGUUAUAUACAGUACUUUUGAACACAUUCUGCUAUGAAUUAUUUAUAUAAGCCAAAGCUGUAUGUUGUAGCUUUUUUGUAGAGUAUAGUUUUAUCUUAUUUUGACUUUCUAGUUUUUGCUUUCAAAGAUGAAAAGGAAAAACUUGCAGGCGGAACCUUGGGGGAAAAAUAAGCCAUGAACACUUAUAUGUAAAUUUAAAUUUGAGCCAAACUCUUUGUGUAUAUAGCAUCCUAAAUAUAUUAUCACCUUUGGUGUAAGUACCUAUGUAUUGUACGUUCACCAGAUUAAAAAGUAUAUUUUUGUGGAUUGACGCCAACUUGAAAAAAGGCGAGGUCCUUAUUAAGUAGAGUAUUCACUGUUUAAUAUUUACUAUUUUGUUAAAUAUACUGUACUUUCUUUGGAUUUUAAUUAUUAUUAAUAUUAUUAUCCAGAUUUUUCAGAGGGUGUAUAAAGGGGUUGUCCCCCUCACUGGUGGUGAAUGUGUGCCGUUAAAUUGUAAUCUCUGUGCUGUAUGGUUAAGCUUCAUUAUACAUUUUAUAUAUAUGUAUAUAAAUAGCAAAGUGGCAAAAAAAAAAAAUCUGGUGUUAAGUUCAUCCUGCAUAAAUAUAAAAAAUCUGUUACCACACAUUUUAAGGCAUCAUUUUAAAGCUGCCUCUUCUGAGGAGGAAGAAAAAAAAACAGUGGAAAAACUUGACCUAAUUUCUCAUGAUAGGGAAAUAACACAUAUCAGAGGAGCACAAAAGGUUUUUUAAGUUGGUAAGUGGUUUGGGAUAAAGCCCCAGCCGCAGAAGUAAAUUUGCUGCUUCCUUGAAGCAGAGCGAGGAAGCCAGAGCCCCAUCGUCUCGCAAGGCCUAGCUCGGAGGUUUUGUUGUGGACUUGGAUUCGGUAGUGUGAUCUUAUUAGCAAAGCCUGGCUGUGUGGUCAGGGAAGGGACAGCAAAGGCAGUGUCCUCUCUCCUGGUACCUCCUCAGCCCUGCUCAGACCAGCCCAGCUUACACCAGCUGGGUUUGGGGGAGCCCAUUCCACUUUGGGACACGUCCUUGCCUUGUUGAAAUCACGUCUCUUUCCAGGUCCUUGCUGUUCAUCUCCUCUCCCUGCACCUGCGAAGCUUCUGUAUGGGGAACCAAAAACUAAAUCUUACUGCUGGGAGUUCUUCUUCUGGGGAGGAAACUACCUGCAGUGCUGUUUUAUUAUCUGUUCUCCUUUAAAGUUAUCGCUGAUAGUCAUUACAUUUUUGCUUGGGCUUUAAAUUUUGGGGGUUUUGGCAAUUAGAAAAAAAUCACUUCCUUGAUACUGUAACUAGGAAGUGUGAGAAAUGGAAAUCCAACGGGGACAGCUCCCUCCUCGGGUGCUUGCUUUAAUGUGUGAUUGAAGAACAAAGUCAGUACCUACAGCUUCUAGAGCCUGAUCUCUUGUUGUCAUGGUAACCUCUAAAAAGUGUACAGGUUUCCAUUUGUUUCAGCCACUUACCUUUGGCAAUUACUCUCCAUUUAUUGUGGUUAGUUACCGGUUUACUGAAGCAUAGAGGGAAAUGAGACUCUUUCUAAUGGCAACUCUCUUUCCAAAGUGACUGAAUUCACUUACCACUUCAGAGAACCUUUUACUGCUCUGAAAAGUUAUGUGAUUUUUUUCAUUAUUUAUGCACAUAUAUGAACUUUGCUGUACAUCUGAGUGGGAGUUCUGCAUUCACAUUUACUGUCUAUUUUCUUGUGUGCCUUAUAAGAUGGCUUUGCUGACUGUAUCUCAAUAGUCUUUAUUUCUAUGCAGGUUUUUAAACAGUACUAUUACUGUUUUCUUUAAGAAAAAAGAUACAUAAGGGUUAGAGUUUGUAUUGAAAUUGCACCAAUGAAUUAAAAAAAAACCCAACAACUAAUAAUCAAUCUGUUCUUAAGAACUGUUAGCGGGACUGUUCACGUGUUGCCCCAAACCCUCUAACAGACUUGGCAGAACAAGUCUUUCCACAGACCUCCCCUGUCAGGGGGAGAAUCUCAUGCCGUUGAAUAAACGGGAAUCCUGAUUUUUAAUAACAAGUAACUAACUUUGGAACAUACUUUUUUAGGAAUUGUAAAAAUGUUUUAUAAAAAAAAAAAAAAAGAUGACAUAGCACAGAUAUUUCAACAGGUAAAAAAUACUUUUUUAAAUUAACUAUACUGAAUGAAGUUGCAAGGGGAUCCAGUCCUCAUCUGAACCCAUUCAAGCCUGAAUGAUUUAAGAUUUUUAUCUCUGUUGUGACAAAUCACCUCUCCAUCUUCGAGCUCUCACUAUAGUAUUUAAAAAUACACGUUAUCAGGGAUUCGUCAGAGAAAAAUGCUUUAGCCUUUCCUUUCACUUAAAGGACACUAAUGCAUCAGAAACUUGCGAAUUACUGUGCGCACAAGAAAUACAUAGUAAAUAAGGAACAAAAUAACUCCUAACAAUUGAUCAUGGGAAGAAGUUAAAUUAGAAUGUGAAAGAAAGACUUAACAAAUGUAAACAUUUAAAUCUAGUAGAAACUUUCUUCACUUUGCUGUGCAAGAGAACACUGCUUUGCUAUAUUUAAAAUGGCUUUUUUAAAAGAGAUUUAUGUAUUUGGUAAAUGUUUGUAGUCAACAGUUCACAAAGAAGCUGUUCACGGUUUAAUGCUGAUAAGCCGUUUGGCGGCACAAGCUGGACUUUGUUGCCAUCCUUGAGACGAAUCUUUUAAGAAAAAAAUAAGUUAAUCUCAAUUUUUUUCCCUGAAUGUGUUGUUUUUUCUUCAAUAUACAAUAAAUAUUCUAGUGAACUUUUUAUCAAAUGGUUAAGAAAAUGCUAGAGGUUGUUGUAAAAUAUUUGUAUCCUGCAUUCACUAAAGUAAAGAUACUGGCUUUUACUGUGUA